UUCUUCAGCUGAUGCCUAGCUUCGUCACGCUCUUUGCCGACUCCAUAGAGAAGGAUUGUGCGCUGGUUACAUUCAUGAUUUGAAGAUUCAUCCUGAAAAACAGCAAUAGCCUGUGAAGCCAGCUUGCAGGGCUGGGGGUACAUUUUUCACUCCUGAAACACACUAACCACAACCUCUCCAUGCCUGCUUGGGGGAGUGGCAUCUACUUACUUGGCAACUCACCUCCACCGGCACCACCCCUUGUUUUUCCAGUUUGGAACAUGCUAAAGUAAAAAUAAUAAACGCGCCAGCCGACCUGAAGCAUUUGAUGUGGGCGUACCCUACAGAAACCCUCAAGGCUGCACCGCUGAAAUCUCAGCAGAUGCUCUAUCACGGAGGGCUAUGGCAACUGAACCAAGUCACUGAGAGGAAAGCAACAGAGGCCAGUCUGCAAGUUCUCCUAACUAGUAUUACUGGAGACACUCAUAUCCUUCAGAGUCAACAGAAUAACCAGGACCAUGGAUGUGCCUGGAGUCAACACCACCUCAGUCAAUAGCACCUUCUCCCCUGGGACCAGCACCCUGUGCAGCAGAGACUACAAGAUCACCCAGGUGCUCUUCCCACUGCUCUACACCAUCCUGUUCUUUGCUGGGCUCAUCACAAACAGCUUGGCAAUGAGGAUUUUCUUUCAGAUCCGCAGCAAAUCCAACUUCAUCAUUUUUCUUAAGAACACAGUCAUCUCUGAUCUUCUCAUGAUUCUAACUUUCCCGUUCAAAAUUCUUAGUGAUGCCAAACUGGGAGCAGGGCCUCUGAGAACCCUGGUGUGCCAAGUUACUUCAGUCACAUUUUAUUUUACAAUGUAUAUCAGUAUAUCGUUCCUGGGAUUGAUAACCAUUGACCGCUACCUAAAGACCACCAGGCCAUUUAAAACUUCCAGCCCCAGCAAUCUCUUGGGUGCGAAGAUUCUUUCCGUUGUCAUCUGGGCCUUCAUGUUCUUACUCUCACUGCCUAACAUGAUUCUUACCAACAGGAGGCCAAAAGAUAAGAACAUAACGAAAUGUUCUUUCUUAAAGUCGGAGUUUGGUCUGGUCUGGCACGAAAUAGUCAAUUACAUCUGCCAGGUCAUUUUCUGGAUUAAUUUUUUAAUUGUCAUUGUUUGCUACAGCCUCAUUACAAAAGAACUCUAUAGGUCUUACAUCAGGACAAGGGGUUCAGCCAAAGCGCCCAAGAAAAAGGUGAACGUCAAGGUCUUCAUCAUCAUCGCCGUGUUCUUUGUCUGUUUCGUUCCCUUCCAUUUCGCACGGAUUCCCUACACGCUGAGCCAAACCCGGGCUGUCUUUGACUGCAGCGCCGAGAACACCCUGUUCUACGUGAAGGAGAGCACCCUCUGGCUGACGUCCCUGAAUGCCUGCCUUGAUCCAUUCAUCUACUUUUUUCUUUGCAAGUCUUUCAGGAAUUCCUUGACAAGCAUGCUAAGGUGCUCAAAGUCUGCAUCAACAUCUGGGGCAAACAAGAACCUGGGACAGGAGGGCAGAGAGCCAAGCGAGGAGACGCCAAUGUAGAAUGUUACCCCAGGGGCCGCUUCAGUCUUUAGUGUCCAGACGCCUCCAAGGGAAAUCACUGCACACUAUAGUAACAUUCACUAAAAAGAAGCUGAGUUAAUGACUCUUUAAAUAAGCAAUGAUGUAAGAAAAUAAUUUUUAACUACUUUCCCCGUACAUAUAUAGGGGGAAAAAAAUCCUAGUCUGCAGGUAUAUCAUAAAGUGAACUGUAUCCCAUCGCUAUACUGCAGGCAAACCACAUACAUACAUACAAAAAGAAAUGUAACAAUUUAUCUGGUUUCUACAAAAUUAGCAACAUGAAAUGUAAUAUCCACUGUCAUUUUAAGAUUAAUAUUACCAAUCACAAUAUUAUUUUUGUAAUAAGUGAGAGAUUAUGCUUGAUCUGAUACACCAAACACAGUAAUCAACAACUUUCCAUUUACAACAAAGAUAACAACAAAACCAAAGGGACUUAAAUCAAAUGAAAUGACAAUGGAUAGCGCCUGAAUUAUUUUAAACACCUAUCAAGAUGGUAGAGGUUUGACCGGUGAAUCUUACCAUAAAUAACAGACGUGAUGAAUGAAAUGAUUAACCUAACAUGAGUAAACUUUCAUAACAUUCUAAUAUUAAAAAAAAUUACUACUUUCUUAACGCUAAAGAACCCAAUUUUACUAAGGGUCUGAGUUUACUGGGCACAGUGCCAUUAUCGGUACGUAUCUGCUAACUAGCUUCAGAAAUGCCUGCUGCUUGGAUAACCAGCACACAUCUUAGUAAGAAAAUGUAAGUAACUAUAAUUAUCAAAUCACACAUCACAUCUACCAAUAAGGAAGUGAUUGAACUACUUGGGAUUACCUGUUCAUAAUCAUGUGUGUAACAUUAAAAAUGCAUUUAUUCUGUAUCAUUCUAUUUUGUUGGAAUUUCUUAGUUCAAAAUUGUUAGAUACGAUGGUCCAACCUUCCUUGCCUCCAUUAAACAGUAAAUGUAUUUAAGAA